GCAGGAGAACUGGAAAUCAAGAAGGUACUUUCACCUUUGCUGGCACCCAAGUAGACGAGGAGGUGAACAAAACGGGAAAAAGAAUGCGUCGUGGUGUGUGCGCUGUCGUGGCGCAGCACGUGAAGAACCCGCCCGCUUUUCUGCGAGCGCCGCAAUGGCAGCUCCAGCGAUGCAGCACGAGCCCCGCGGUCAUGGUGACGGCCACCACGGCGGGCAGCUCUACCUCCUCUCUGACACUCCUUCAGAAGACACCAACGUGGCGCUGUCUUCCUUGUGAAGCUCGACGCAGAGGGUGGGUGACCUUCUACGGUUGGUGUGUCGGUGUUCUUCUCUGCGUGGUAGCCGGCGCGGGCGUGGCCUUCUGCCGCCCCUACGACACGCCGCCUUACUUAAUUCCGUAUUACCUUCGCGAUGUGCGCUCGCGGUUUCAGCACUACGCCUCGGUGCGAAAGCGCAAAGGAGGCCCGGUGUACAUGACCGUCGAGGACUUCGUGCUGGCCCUGCUGGCCUCGCCGGAGAAGGAGCUGCCCGCCUCAACGAUUGUGGCGGAUCUGCAGCGUCUGUUUGGGUCGAUGGACGCCAACGGCGACGGCUACAUCAGCUUCCCUGAAUUUCGCUUCUUGAUGAGUUUGCUGACGAGCGACCCGCGGGAGGUCGCCACGCUUUUUCGCAUCGCUGACGUCGACGGGUGCGGCGCGUUGGCGCUGGAAGACUUCGCCAAUGUGCUGCGCGGGGCGACGAAGGACGAGGCGGUUGUGCGGUCGCUGCUGAAGCCCUCCACUCGGCGCAACGGUGUCGUGCGCACGCUGUUCGGUGAUGCCGCGCACCCGCGCAACUGCUCCUUUGACGAGUUGGCCGCCGUCAUCCACAGCAUCCGCACCGAAGUGUGGAAGGCGGAGUUCCGCCAGUACGACAUCGAGCAGAACAACUCGAUCACGGCGGAAGAGUUUGCGGAGCUGAUUGCGAAGCAGGUGCUAGGGUCUCACCUGCCGUAUUACUUGGUGAGCAACAUCCGCAAGAUGCGUGGCACCGGCGACGUUGUGACGCUGGACAUGUGGUUAGGUCUCAAUGAAGUGAUGUUGCACGCUGACGAACUGUCUACCAACGUGGAGAUGCUCUCGAGCAGCGGGAUGGCGAUCACCAAAUCCGAUUUCCGCCGCCUGAUGCGCAUUGCGGAUAUGCCGGCUCUCCCUAAGGAAACCGUCGACCUCGUCUUUGCCGUCUUCGACAAGAAUAACGACGGCACGAUGGAGAUCGAUGAAUUUUUGUUUAUUAUGCGGAAGAAGGUGAGUUACCACUACAGCGUUCCACCGCGCGAUCGCAAGACGCUGCCGCGGCGCCUUAUCGAGUGCGCCGGUGCUGCGCUGGUUGAUUUCCAGAAGUAA